GGUACGAGGAAAUAAGUUUAACUACUGUUUAAUGGGGCAAAGUAAAUACAGGUAAGUAUAAAAAGUUGCCAGUCUCCGUGAAGCACCAAUGAACUUCCUGUAGGCGAUAAAGGAAGAUCGCAACUGACGUCACUGAAGAUGAACCUACCUGCACUGCUACUGUUGACCGCCGUCGGCGCGGCGUGUAUAAACCAGCGCGUGGACGCUCUUACAAUUGACCAAAUCAUUGAUGCCCUGAUGGGUGGCUCUCCUCCCCAUUGGAAGGUGAUGUUUGACCUAGACAGCAGCGGAAGCAUCAACGCUGUCGAGUGGAACGAUUCCAUACAGGCGGCGAGGGAUACCCUUUCCAUAAUUGACAACACCCCAGCUGCUGUCAGCGUCCAUCCUGAUAGACACAGGAUCGGGUUGGUGCGGUUCUCUAGCACCGCUGUUACUCAAGUUAUUUUCAGUUUGGGCACGCAUGGGUUCUUUUUGGGUAACGAUUUGGCAAUUGCUGGUGUGGUGAAAGUAGCCGGUGCAACAAACACAGUGUUAGGACUACAUCUCUGUGAGAUCGAAUUUGGUGGCUCUGGCAAGCGACUGGUGUGGAUGACAACAGACGGGAAAUCUAAUCAAGGGGGCGACCCAGUCGCCAAGGCAAAACUUAUGCAGAAAAAAGGAAUCGUAAUCUGUGUCGUGGCCGUGGGACCCGAUGCCGACAUGGUUGAAAUAAAUGGCAUGGCAUCAAAGAUAAUGAUUCCUGGUUACCGCAGACCCCAACUCUGCGUCCUAGAGUUCGAGUCCUUCCAAGCCUAUAAAACCGCUGCGCGUGACGCAAGAAGUAGAGUUGUGUCUGCAAGACGUAACCGAAGAAUAAACUAGGCUUAAGCUACGUACAGAAAGGCUCCUGGACAGAAUAGGAAAGGACGUUCCUGUCGUCUGUUUUCACCUAACUGAUGAAUUAACUAUGCUAGCACCUCCGAAAUAUCAAAUCUUUUGUGAAUGCAUAAAUUCUUGCUCUGGUUAUAGAUGUAAAAUGUAAUGCCACAUUUGUCCGUUACAUCGGUGCUGACUUUUGCCGAGGACUUUCAGUUUCAGAAUUACACUUUGUGUAACACAACAUAUAUUACUAAUAGAAAUAAA